ACGUAACGAUUAUGUCACAUGGCUCGCUCCUCACCACCCCAACAUUAUGACAUUAUCUGAAAUACCCAGUACAGUCCCUCUAUUUCUCCUUACAUUAUACUCUUCUUAAAUUCAUCCUUUUCGAGUCAAUCAAUCUGUAAAGGCUUUGAAAGACAUAAAAGGCAUGAUUGUUCUCGACAGGAGAUCCCGAAUGUAUUUCCAUAGCCUGCAUUCAAAUUGGAAGAAAGAGCACUAAUAUACUCUGAUCUAAAUAUUUAUUUCAAAAACACCUGUCUCUGUGCAUGUUUUAAAAUUUCUAUCAGCCCCUCGUACUCACUGGCGGCGCUAGAGCAUGUACUUCAACAGGUUCCGCUUCACAAAGGUACGUACAAUGACCUCAAAUCAGCCACUAUAUUGCUGACGCACAUGAAUUAGAAAUUCCUUUCACCUUCUCCUACAGUCCUAUUGUAGUGUUAGAUCUCCUAUAUAAUGCUCUUUGUCUCCUAGAAACUACUAAUACAUCAGCACCAAUACUUGCCAUUUCAGCAUCUCCUAUCAAUCUUAUCGUCUUAUCUCAUCAUCUAUUUUAUUUAAACACUCUAUUCCAUAUCAGAAUUCUUAAUUUGCGCCAACUAUAGCAAAGAUGAGAAGAUCAGCUGGCAGACUGGAGGAACGCAGAGCUGGGCACACAGCCACGAGCGAAAGAAGUACUUCGGGACGUAAUAGGGAAAGAGACGAUCGUUACAGGGAAACGAGUCGAAGAGAUGAUAGGGAAAAACCCACCUCCACCCCACCCUCCAGCGGUAGACGUACUGGCAGCAGCAGAACCGACGAAAAGCCCAUCCCAAAUGCCCAAGACCAGAAAAAAUAUCAGGAAUGGGUCGCCAGGGAAGCACGUCACGAUGCCGAAGGGGAGAAAGGUUUGAUAGAUAGCUGCGCGGAUAAGAUCAUGCGCGAACAGGAGAGGAGAAAGUUAAAUGGUAGACCUUUGUGGAAUUGGACGGGACAGGAGAAAAAAGAUUGGUGCAAGAAGGAAUCAGCGGGUGAUCCCAAUCGUGAGCGAAAACUUCUGGAAAGGUAUGCGUGAUGGUGGUGUAUUCGUUUCAUAUUUUUGCAAGGGAUGCAUUUUGUUUUUUUGUUUUUUGCUUUUGUAUUUGUUUUUGGUGUACUUUUGGUUUUUUUGCGGAGCGAGGUGCUAAUCAGACAUUGAUAUAAGAUUGAGAGUUGGUAUUGAUACCUCGCUCAGAUGUAUCUAUAAGAUGUCGAUUUUAAUUCCGUUAUAUUAUAUUGUAUGGUGAUAUAAUUCUAGCUGAAAAAUCGUAAUGCUGUCUAAAGCGCUUCUUAUAACAUAUAUCUAUUAGACUAUGAGGUUUAGAAACAUAAAACAAGUAUUCUGCCCAUAAAUGAUCGAGAUUGAUAUGAAAUCGCCUCUCGAAAAAAUCGGUUCGCUCUUCUUUCUAUUACAUGAUGAAGCCAUGGAGCUGCUAAGGGUGGAGAUACUAUGCUGUGUAGCCUAGGACCAUACCUUGCGAAUCUUUUUUUCCUAUUUCAUAGGAAGACGUGUGGAGAUUAGACAGCUAAUUCUUAAAUUUCCCUCAUUGAAACUUCCACACAGCUCUUCAGGUUCUCGCUAGUCAGUACAUAUUCUCUUGCAGCUCAGCAUGAGAUUGAAAAAUUGCUUCUUUGUAAGCAGAACAAAUAGAAAUAAAUCACAGGCAAUAGGACACCUCGUUAGCAUCAUAUCUACAUCCCAGAUCUGGAUACGCAUGAUCCAUACCACAACCCAUGAGAUGUGAACAUCAUUUUGUUGCACAUCUCAUUGGGGUCACCCACGGUCAGUCCAUAUUAUCGAGCAAGGUGCUGCAGGCCAAGCACUGGAUACCUUAGAUGAAUUCUUCUAGGAAUCCGAUGCUAUUGGGC